GCCACGCACUGUUAUAUGUAGGAGCCGCAGAGGCUGCCGGGAACAACGGGAGGCGGCGACGAAAGUCCGAACUGCGGCGGCUGAGGGCCCGGCUGGAGGCAGGGACGGCCAGCCUCGCUCACCUUCACCGGCCCCAUCUCCUCCGCACUGCUACGGGACUCUGCCGGGCACAGGUCGCCGCUCCGCCUAUCGUCGCCGCGGGUGAGAGAAGCCCGGAGUAAGGAGCCUGAGGGAGCGCCGCCGUUCUGGCCACCUCGGAUGCGGAGGUGGCGGCAGGAGGAGGCGAAGGCGGAGCGACCUGGGGUAGGAAGGCCGAGCUUGAGGGUGAGGAGCGGCGAGUAAAGCCCCUCGCUCGCGCUUGCCUAUCUCCUGAGGCCUUUGGGAGUGGAAACUCCACCAUCUACCUUGGUCGCUCGGCUCUCUGGCGAGGAGGAACUGCGAGGAAAAGGAGCUCAACUCCAGACUCCCCGCCCCCCCCAACUUUCCAGCGCCGUCUGGUCUUCUAGGUCUCUUCGUUUGACUUCUGCUCUUGGGGGGGUGGGGAGCAGGGAUUAGGGCUUGUUUUUUCCCCUUUCAGGGAAAGAGGGUUGGCACCGAGUUCUCUGGAACGGUUUCUGUAUCCCUCCUCGUCCUUUGAAGCUUCUGUUCUAUACAUUACCCCCCCUUCUCAAAAAAAACCCACAACCCAUUUAAGAGGAAUUAUAAAUGUGGAACAGAAGACCCGGGAAACUGAAGGAAGGAAAAGAACUUGCGCUGUCUAGCAAGAGGCGAAAAAGAGGAGUGCCUCCCAGCUCCUGCGAAAAUAGAGUAGUACUCUUAACUUUUUUGUAUCUUCCUUUUUUUAAAGUAACGCGGUCGUGACCUAAAGUGAGCUUUCUAUACCGAUUACUGUUGAUUGAUUGUGGGCCCUGAAGCACUGAAAACAGUUGGCCUUUUUUGUUUUUUUGCACACACGCUUCUCUCAACUGGCUUUUGAGAGACCUGUGGACCAGGGCUAGAUAGGAAAGGAGCUGAGGACUGGGUUGUUCGGAUCUGUUUCUCUACUCUAGAGAGCCAAACUAGUUGCUGCUCCUAUUGCACCAUCUCCUUUUCUGAGCAAGAUCAUUUAUCCUUUUGUUUGAGUUUCAAGGAUUAUUUAAUGAAUGGAUUUUGUAGACAAGCUGGAUGGCUACUGUUCCAUUUGAAAUGUUUUUGGAAAUCAUAAUGCAGAGUUGCUGAAAAGAGCUGAUAUUGCUGGAAAUUUUUGGCCUCUGGCGAAGCUGUUUUGUUACUCACACAAGAUGAUGUGCGAGGUGAUGCCAACCAUCAGUGAGGCAGAGAUUCCCUCAGGGGGAAGUGGAAGCCAUGGUUCAAGUGUUCCUCUACAGUCGGAUGCUGAUUCCCAUUUCGAACAAUUGAUGGUAUCCAUGUUGGAGGAACGAGAUCGCCUCCUGGACACACUGCGGGAGACUCAAGAGACUCUAGCAUUAACCCAGGGUAAACUGCAUGAAGUUGGUCAUGAAAGGGAUUCUCUACAGCGACAGCUUAAUACUGCACUGCCCCAGGAGUUUGCGGCACUUACUAAAGAACUAAAUGUAUGCAGAGAACAGCUCCUUGAAAGGGAAGAAGAAAUUGCAGAACUGAAAGCAGAAAGAAACAAUACAAGGCUGCUGUUAGAACAUUUGGAAUGUCUUGUUUCCCGUCAUGAGCGGUCUCUUAGAAUGACUGUAGUAAAGAGACAGGCUCAGUCUCCAGCAGGCGUUUCGAGUGAAGUAGAAGUUCUCAAAGCACUAAAGUCCCUGUUUGAACACCAUAAAGCCCUUGAUGAAAAGGUCAGGGAAAGAUUACGAGUAGCACUUGAAAGAUGUAGCUUGUUGGAGGAAGAAUUGGGUACUACACACAAGGAGUUAAUGAUUUUGAAAGAACAGAACAAUCAGAAAAGAGCGCAAGCUGAUGGGAUGCCUGAUGUUAAUCAUGAUCAGGAGAAUAUGCCUAGCACUAAUGGGAAGAGAUCUUCCAAUGGCUCUCUAAGUCAUGAUGAAGACCUUGCUAAAGUAAUAGAACUUCAAGACGUCAUAGAGAUGCAAACUAAAGAGCAGGCCCAAAUGAAAGAACGUAUCACUGCACUUUCUAACAGAGUAGCAGAACUGGAAGAAGAUCUUGAUACUGCUAGAAAAGAUCUAAUAAAAUCUGAAGAAAUGAAUACAAAGUUGCAAAGAGAUGUAAAAGAGGCCAUGGCUCAAAAGGAAGAUAUGGAAGAACGAAUCACAACCCUUGAAAAACGCUACCUCGCUGCACAACGUGAAGCUACAUCUGUGCAUGACCUCAAUGAUAAACUUGAAAAUGAAAUUGCUAAUAAAGAUUCUCUGCACCGACAGAGUGAAGAUAAGAAUAAACAGUUACAAGAACGACUGGAACUAGCUGAGCAAAAAUUGCAGCAGACUCUGAGAAAAGCUGAGACUCUGCCGGAAGUGGAGGCUGAACUGGCUCAGCGAGUUGCAGCACUUACAAAGGCUGAAGAAAGACAUGGUAACAUUGAAGAACGAUUGAGGCAGAUGGAAGCCCAGCUGGAGGAGAAAAAUCAGGAAUUGCUAAGGGCUAGACAAAGAGAAAAAAUGAAUGAAGAGCAUAAUAAACGUUUGUCUGAUACUGUUGAUAAACUUCUAUCUGAAUCUAAUGAGAGACUUCAGCUUCAUCUUAAAGAAAGAAUGGCUGCCCUGGAAGAUAAAAAUGCUCUUCUUCGUGAAGUUGAAAAUGCUAAAAAACACGUCGAGGAGCUUCAAAACGAAAAGGAUCAAUUAGUACUAAACAUUGAAGCAAUGAGGACUGAAAAUGACCAGAUGAGGAUCAGAGGCCCUUUACUUCAUCAUAGUCGGCCACAUUUGGGUAGUGUACCAGAUUUUAGAUACCCAAUGGCACCGUCAGCUAUAGCUGACAAUCAAGCGGAUUCCUAUAGCACUUCAGUGUUAAGGCGUCCACAAAAAGGACGUUUAGCAGCUCUGCGAGAUGAACCUUCAAAGGUUCAGACCCUUAAUGAACAAGACUGGGAGCGUGCACAACAAGCGAGUGUAUUAGCCAAUGUUGCACAAGCCUUUGAGAGUGAUGUUGAUAUUUCGGACGGUGAGGAUGACAGAGAAACUAUAUUCAGCUCAGUUGACAUUUUGUCACCUAGUGGUCAGGCAGAUGCCCAGACUUUAGCCAUGAUGCUUCAGGAACAGUUGGAUGCCAUCAACAAAGAAAUUAGACUGAUACAAGAAGAGAAGGAAAACACUGAACAGCGAGCAGAGGAAAUUGAAAGCCGCGUUGGCAGUGGGAGUUUAGACAACCUUGGUCGAUUUCGGUCAAUGAGCUCUCUUCCUCCUCCCUUUCCUGGUGGCUCCCUUUGUGGCUCUUCUCCACCUGGCAGUGGACGCUCCACCCCACGACGAAUGCCGCAUAGUCCUGCUCGAGAAGUGGACAGACUAGGCAUCAUGACACUAUCUCCAGUUUCUAGAGAAGAAGUUAGAGAUGACAAGACUACAAUAAAAUGUGAGACCUCACCACCCUCUUCACCUCGAUCGCUGCAUUUGGAUAGAGCCUAUAAGGGAGCCUUGCAUACAGUGAGCCAUGAAGAUAUAAGAGAUAUAAGAAAUUCCACAGGUUCUCAAGAUGGACAAGUAAGCAAUCCCAGCAGCAGUAAUAGUAGCCAAGAUUCCCUUCACAAAGCCCCUAAAAAGAAAGGAAUCAAGUCCUCAAUUGGGCGUCUAUUUGGCAAGAAAGAAAAGGGUCGACCUGGACAGAUCAGCAAAGAGAGCUUGGGACAAGUUAGUGUAAUGGAAACAGACGGUUCAACUCAGGAUGGCUUGGGACUUGGAAAAUUGGGAGGACAAGCAGAAAAAAAUAGAAAACUACAAAAAAAGCAUGAAUUGCUUGAGGAAGCCCGGAGGCAAGGUCUGCCUUUUGCUCAAUGGGAUGGACCAACGGUGGUUGUCUGGUUGGAGUUAUGGGUUGGGAUGCCAGCCUGGUAUGUAGCUGCUUGCCGUGCAAAUGUGAAAAGUGGUGCUAUAAUGUCAGCUUUAUCUGAUACCGAAAUACAGCGUGAAAUUGGAAUCAGUAAUCCUUUACAUAGGUUAAAGCUGAGACUUGCCAUUCAAGAGAUUAUGUCACUAACAAGUCCGUCUGCUCCUCCUACAUCAAGAACGCCACUUCGCACUGUUGGCUCAUAUUCAGCUUGUGAUCAACGACAAUUCCAAGAUCCUUCUUGCAUGUCGUAUUGCUGAGCCAAGCAUCCCCCAUCUUAUAACUGCAUUUGGUUUCUUUUUCCUAAGUGUAGAACUUUGCAUUUAUCCCUGUUGAAUUUCAUUCUGUUGUUUUCAGCCCAAUGCUCCAGCCUAUCAAGGUCCCUUUGAAUUUUGUUUCUGUCUUCCACGGUAUUAGCUGUGCCCCCCAAUUUUGUAUCAUCUGCAAAUUUGAUAAGCAUGCUCUGUACCUCCUCACCCAAGUUGUUAAUAAAAAUGUUGAAGAGCACUGGUCCCAGGACCGAGCCCUGUGGUACCCCACUCGUUACUUCCACCCAGUUUGAGAAGGAACCAUUGAUAAGCACUCUUCGAGUAGGAAUCUGGAGCUAUCUGUGGAUCCACCUGAUAGUUGUUCCAUCCAGGCCACAUUUAGCUUGCUUGCUAAUCAGAAUAUCAUGGGGCACUUUGUCAAAAGCUUUGCUGAAGUUGAGAUAUAUUACAUCCACAGCAUUCCCGCAGUCUACAAGGGAGGGUACCUGAUCAAAAAAAUGAGAUAAGAUUAGUUUGGCAGGAUUUUUUCUUCAUAAAUCCAUGUUGGCUCCUAAUAAUCACUGCAUGGUUUUCAAGGUGCUUACAGAUUGACUGCUUUAUAAUCUGCUGCAGAAUUUUUCCAGGGAUUGAUGUUAGGCUGACUGGUCUGUGGUACCCUGGUUCCUCCUUUUUGCCCUUUUUGAAGAUAGGGAGAACAUUAGCUCUCCUCUGGUCAUCCGGCACUUCACCAGUCCUCCAUGAUUUUGCAAAGAUAAUAACGGUUCUGAAAGUUCUUCGGCCAUUUCCUUCAAUACUCUAAGAUGCACUUUAUCGGGCCCUGCCGAUUUGAACUCGUUCAAAGUGAUUAGGUAUUCCUUGACCGUUUGUAUGUCAAUCUCAAGCGCCAAUCCUGCCCCUUCUACUUCUUGUUUCCCGGGAGGGUCAUAGACUCUUUUCUGGGAGAAGACUGAGCCAAAGUAGAAAUUGAGCAUUUCUGCCUUUUCUUUGUCAUCUGUUAUCAUUUUGCCAUCCUCAUUGAGUAGCUGUGUCACCAUUUCUUUUCUCAUCUCUGAGUUUUUUAUGAAGCCACAUUAGCUUCUUCUGCUGUUUCCCCCCCUUUUUUGCUUGUUGGAAUUGCUUGCCAUUGCACUUUUAGAAUUUCCUUUUUUAGAAACUCCCAUCCAUCUUGCACUCCUUUUCUCAUUGGGUUGCUUGCCAUGGAACCGUACUUACAAUUGUUCUGAGUUUAUUAAAAUCAGCUUUCCUGAAGUCCAGGGUGCGCGUAUGGCUACUUUCAGCUUUUGCUUCUGUUAAAAUGAAGAAUUCAAGUACGGUGUGGUCACUUUCCUCCAGAGUUCCUGUAACUGCCACUUCAUCCACCAAAUCAUCUCUAUUGGUUAGAAUCAAGUCCAGGAUAGCUGAUCCUCUGGUUGCUUCCUCCACUUUCUGUAGGAGAAAGUUGUCACCAACACAAAUCAGAAAUUUCUUGGAGGGGCUGUGUUUGGCAGAAUUUGUCUCCCAACAGAUAUCGGGAUAAUUGAAAUCCCCAUUUCUACUAUAUCAUGUCUCCUCAAAACAUUGGCAAUUUGCUUUUCAAAAGUUACAUUCUUGUCUUCUCCUUGAUUGGGUGGUCGGUAGUAGACUUCAAGCACCACAUUCUUUUUAUUACUUGCCGCAUUAAUUUUAAUCCAGAUACUCUCGGUGAAGCUACCAAGCUCAUCUUCCUGUAUUUCUGUGCAAGAAUAUAUUUUUUUUAACAUAUAGUGCACUCCACCUUCCUUUUUAUUCCUUCUGUUCUUUUUUGAACAAAUUAUAUCCUUCAGUUGCUGUAUUCCAGUCAUGGGAAUCAUCCCACCAAGUUUCAGUUAUACCUAUCAAGUCGUAAUUACCCUCUUGAACGAAGAGUUCAAGUUUGUCCUACUUGUUUCCCAUGCUCUGCGCAUUAGUAUACAGACAUCGAAGACCAUGUGAUUUGUGGCUUGGCUUCCUUACUACAUUUUUCUGAGGACUGUUACUGGGCCCUAUUAGAGCCGAUCUCUCUGUUCCCAUUACUGUGCACAAGCCUUCAUCAGUCGUUACCACCAACUUUACGUCUCCCUCCCCCUUAGGAUUCAGUUUAAAGCCCUCCUGAUGAUCUUCUCCAUGCUGUGGCCACCAAACACAUUCAUCCCAGUCCUUGUGAGAUGCAAUCCAUCACUUGCCAGCAGUCCAUCUUCCAGGAAGCAUAGCCCGUGGUCCCAGAAUCCAAAUCUCUCACGUCGGCACCACCUUCGUAGCCAUUCAUUCACACAGAGUAUUUUUCUUUCCCUUUCUACUCCUCUUCUAAGUACAGUAGGGCCCCUCUUUACAGCGAUUCGCUUUGCAGUGAUUCGCUAAUACAGCAGUCUCAAUUAGACGCAAUUAGACUAAAGCCCCACUCAUACGGGGCUUGUUCCGCUUUUACGGCAGUUUUCGGGCAUUGCGCGCCAUUCUAUUCAAUGCGUUCUGCUUUACAGCAGUUUUCGCUUUAUAGCGGGGGUCCGGAACGUAACCCGCCAUAUGAGUGGGGCCCUACUGUACUGGAAGGAUGGAUGAAAAAACUAUCUGGGCCCCAAAGUCCUUGAGUUUCCUUCCCAGAGCUUCAAAGUCUGAUGUAAUUUCUUCAUAGCUUGAUUUGGCAGUAUCAUUUGUUCCCACAUGAAUGAGGAGAAAGGGAUACCUGUUGCUGGGCUUGAUGAGUGAUGGCAACCCUUCCAUCACAUCUCUAAUCCGUCUUCCUGGUAGACAGUAUACCUGGCGAGUCCAUGGAUCUUUUCGGCAUACUUGGGUUUCGAUUCCACACAGUAGGGAGUCUCCCACUAUUAGUACUUUUCUCUUUUUGUUGUGGGGCGUGUUUUCAUUGCCCCUGCUUGAUUGAGCUUCAGCCUCUUGCUCGUUGUCACACAGGGUCUCCUGUAAUUCUUCCACCACAGGCUGUUCUCUAGUCUCAUCCUCGAGUGGUUGAAAGUGGUUCCAUAGUUCCACUGGUGAAGGGUGUCUUCUAGCUCUUCUGCUCCUACCUGACACCCUUUCCCAAGGAGUUUCCUCUACAUCGUUGUUCCUUUCCAAAGCAGUCUCCUCUUCUGCUACUACAUGCUGUUGUUCUUCCACCUCCACUUCUCUUUGCUGCUGUUGUUCCAGCGUUCUGUCUAAGAACUCCUCAUCUUCCCUUAUAGUCCUCAGUGUGGCCACCUGCCGUUCCAGGCCUCUCACUUUUUCUUCCAACAAUGCCACAAGUUGCACUUGUUGCACGUGUACACUAUGUUGUUCUCAGGCAAGAAAACAAACAUGUCACACACCUUGCAGGUCACAACCACUGGAGUAUUCUUCCCGUUCAUACUCUCUUCUACCUUUUGUAUCUUUCCAACUACUUGUUUUGGAGUGGCCUAUGCUUUGUCCUGUCCUACUUCAGGGUAAACUUGAGAGUCCCACUGGUAUGUGGUGCACUGUACAAGGAGAAUUAGUAAUUUAUUUAUUUUUAGGGACCUCCCCCUUGACCUCCCCUGUUGAACUCCUUUGUCAAGCUCCUGUUUACUCUCCCUGUUUGCUCGCUCUCUGAAAGCUGGCUUGCUUAUAUCUCCGCUCCUGUGGACCAGGUGAGACAGCUCCCUCUGCUCUGCUCAGUUAGGAGUCAGGAAGGUUGGAUCUUAGAAGGGAGAGUUGGUUUGAAAGGCAUACCACUAGGUUGGUGAUAAAAUCUCAUCCUUUUGGGAAAAGGCAGUCCUGACUAGACAAUUUUUUGUUGGCUAUUGAGGCCAGAUAAAAUUUAUGAAGACAUAGUAUCAUUCAGAUUUCAGACAUGUUACUUGAAUGUAAUUCCCUUUAAAAAGUAAAGUGGAACUAAAUAAAAUUACUUUUGUACUUGUGUUACAUGCUGGGGGGCAGCACACACUGAAGGCAGGCUACUUUAUGUGGCACAUUUUAAUCACGUUUUAUUCCAAACAUCCAUGGUAUAGAAUGUUAGCCCGUUCAGUGGAGCCUUGAUAAAUGCUACAGUGUGGAUGUGCAUCCAAAUGAAAAUUUGUAUCCACAUUGGCUGCAUAUACACAUCUCCCUUGCUGGACUGGAGAGAGAGUUAUGGUGACUAAGCCUUUUGUGAAUGUUCUGCUGUG